UAAGUUUGCUGAAUGUAAUGAAAUAAGAUCCAUGGUUGAUGCCACAAAUUGACAACAGACCAGUGAAAGAUGUCCAUUAAUAGAUACGAAAAGAAAGACACAUAAAAGUAUAAUAUUGACAAAACAGUGUUUGAUGGAAGUACGAACCAAUUAGAAAGGUCUGAUAUUGGAUAAUAUAUAUGAUAUAAUUAAAACUAUUUCAAUUAAUGGAAGUACAUACCAAUGCGAAAGGUCUGAUAUUGGACAACCUAUUUAUUAUAACUAAGGUAAUAUCAACAAGAAUUUUUCUUGAUUAGACUACCGAGGACUCAACACAAUCACCCAUGAGAUGUCAUGCUCAUGACACUGCAUGGGAAGCUUAUAAAUUAGUAAUUUCUGUGGUGGAGAAAGAAGAAAUAAUGCAAAUAAGAGGCACACAUGAACAUUUAUAUAAGUGAUAAACUUACAAUUUUGAAGUAUGUAUCGAAAAAUUCAGCCCAAGGUAAAACCUACAAAGGACAUGAAAAUAGUUAUUGUUCAUAAACCUCAGACAUCUCAUAUAUGUGGUCAUUGUAAUGAAAAGUUUACAGAGAAAGAACUCUUACAGAAUCAUAUGAGAAUACAUUUUGUCAAAAAACCUCAUAUAUGUAUUGUAUGUGGUGAAAGAUUUACUACAAAAGAGCACUUACAAGAACACGGGAGAAAACAUAUUGUUGAUAAACCUUACACAUGUGCUGUGUGUAGUGAAAAGUUUACAAUUAAUGAACACUUUCAGAAACACAUGAAAAUACAUAUUGUUUAUAAACCUCCUACACAUAUUGUAUGCGAUGAAAAGAUAACUGAGAAGGAACACUUACAGAAUCACAUGAGAAUCCAUAUUGUUAACAAAACUCACACAUGUACUGUAUGUGGGGAAAAGUUUACUGAAAAUGAUCUUUUUCAAGAACACAUGAAAGUCCAUAUUGUUGAUAAACCUCACAUAUGUGUUGUAUGUCAUGAAAAGUUUACUGAGAAAAAGCACCUACAUAAUCACAUGAGAAUACAUGUUGUGUAUAAGCCUCAUACAUGUUCUGUAUGUAAUGAAAAGUUUACUAAGAAAGAGCACUUGCAGGAACACACAAGAACACAUAUUGUUGAUAAACCUCACACAUGUACUGUGUGUGGUGAAAAGUUUACAACUAAUGAUCAUUUGCAGGAACACAUGAGAAUACAUAGUGUUAAUAAACGACAUGCAUGCAUAGUAUGUAAUGAAUCGUUUACUAAGAAAGAGCACUUACAGGAGCACACAAGAAAACAUGUUAUUAAUAAACCCCACACAUGUACUGUGUGUGGUAAAAAGUUUACCGACAAACAACACCUACAGGACCACACGAGGACACACAUUGUUUAUAAACCUCGUACAUAUAUUUUAUGUGAUGAAAAGAUAACCAUCUUUACUGAACACAUACAGAAUCCCAUAAGAACACAUAUUGUUUACAAACCUUACACAUGUGCUGUGUGUGGUGAAAAGUUUACCGACAAACAACACCUACAGGACCACAUGAGGACACACGUUGAUAGACCUUAUGAUUGUUUUUUAUGUGGUUUAGGGUUUGAUCGUAGUGAUUUCUUUCAGUCACACAUGAAAACACACUCUGAUUACACAUCUUAUCUGUGUGAUGUGUGUGGUGUAGGAUUUAAAAAUAAAUUGCAAUUUCAGAAACACAUAAGAAAUCACAAAGCUAGACAGUGUAAUAUGUGUGGUAAACGGUUUCAUGAUUCCUACUACUUACAGAAACACAUGAGAAAACACAGCGAUGAGAAACCUCAUAAGUGCCAGUUUUGUGAAAAGCGGUUUAAGUUUUCAUUUUUCUUAAAAACACACAUGAGAACACAUACUGGAGAAAAACCGUAUCAAUGUGAUCUGUGUGGUAAAAUGUUCAGCGAAAAUCAAGCGAUGAAAAGACAUAUGAUAACACAUACUGAUGAUAAACCUUAUAAAUGUGAAAAGUGUGGUAAAAGUUAUGGUCGAAAAGAUGAUUUAAAGAGACAUUUGACAUUACAUACGGGUGAGAAACCUUAUCAAUGUCAAUUAUGUGAUAAAAGUUUCAGAUUAGAAAAAUACGUAAAAAAACAUAUGAGAACACACAAUGGAGAUAAACCGUACACGUGCAGAGCAUGUGGCAAAGGAUUUGGUCAGAAACAUACCUUGGAGAGACACAUAAGAACUCAUACACAUACCUUGGAGAGAACCGUAAGAACUCAUACACAUAAUGAUGACAAACCUUAUAAGUGUGCAGUGUGUGGUCAAGGGUUGUGUAGUAAAGAUACUCUAAGGAUGCACAUGAAAUUACACACUGGUGAUGGUAUGCAUACAUGUGAUGUAUGCGGCAAACAGUUUAAUAGGAAAAGUAACCUACAAACUCAUUCGAAAAAAACAUUCUGGAAAUCUUCGACACUGUAGUAUUUGUGGCAAAGGAUUUCCUACAGAUUAUAACUUACAAAGACACAUAAAAACACAUGAUAAUGAUAAGCGUUUGAAAUUUGAUGUUUGCUAAUUUUACAAAUGUAUUAUAUGUAUGAAACUUGAUGUUUGCUAAUUGUACGAAUGUAAUAAAUGUUCGAAACUUGA